AUGACUUCUGGUUGGAGAUUCAGUCUGAUUACAGGUGUUGCCUCCGUUCUGGUCGUGUUCAUUAUCAACUUCUCCACCACUCUCUGGGCGCUCAAGUUGCCGACAGGAGGUGAGGCUGGAGAUACUACCACCACUCGAAGAAUCAUUUAUGAAGGCCCUUGCACCACUUCGAAGAAGUUGAACGUCGUACUUCAUCUUUUGAUCAACAUCUUCAGCUGCGUCCUCCUAUCAGCUAGCAGCUACGGGAUGCAAUGCUUGUCGGCCCCAACACGGGCUGAAGUCGAUCGAGCUCAUGCACGAGAAGAGUGGAUGGAUAUUGGAGUUCUGAGCGUUCGAAAUCUGGGAAAAGUAUCUUGCAAGAGAACUUUUUUCUGGGUGCUCUUGGGUAUUUUUUCGGUCCCCUUGCAUCUUCUAUUCAACUCAGUUGUUUUUGCAUCUAUUUCGAUAUUCGACUAUACAGCACACAACAUUGAUGAGCUCGUCAGAUGGAAUGCUUCCUCUCGAUUCACAAGGGAUAGCGAUGACCUCCAAAUGGGAGAGCUAUUCCAGCGCGCUCUCAAAGAGAACUGGGACAACCCCACUUCCUUGGAAUGCAUCGAUGCCUAUGCCACUGGCUUUCAAACCGCAAGGAGUGACGUGAUUGUGGUAUGUGACGGAGGCUCCGAUGUCUUCCUGGAACGUAUCUAUGACAGGGAGGAUGUAUCCCUGUAUCCAGGCAUGCUUCGAGGAUAUUGCCGCCCAUCACCCUUUGACUGGAUAUGCGAGGAGCCAGACUGCUCUCUCUGUCAUGAUCUGAUUGCAGACGUGAGAAAGCAACCUGAAAACUGGAAACCGUUCGGAUAUCAAGCCAAGUAUUGUCUCAGCAAGCCAGUACGUCAGCUCUGCCGUGUGAGCUUCAGUGUCUUCAUUGCCGGUGCUGUUCUUGGCGCGAAUAUCAUCAAAGCUGGGGUACUGAUCUAUGUGGCCUUCAAUCCCCCAGAACAACCCUUAUUUGUGCUUGGCGGUGCUAUUCAGACCUUCCCGGAGACUCCGGAGCCUGGUUCCAAGAGCAUGCGGCUUGUGUCCAUUGACCGCGUCAAGAAUCUGGGCACAAGAGGAUGCACUGGCCCCACGACUUCAUCUUUGAGGAGGAGACGCUAG